AUGGCUCCAAGGUGCUCCUUCACGCUGGCCUAUAGGUCUAUAGGUAAUGUCCCCCUUAACAUUCAUCAUGAGAGUGUAUAAAGACAGAGAUAAUGAUAAACAGAAGGGCAUUACUCCAGCUUUGAACGGAGUAGAAAGGUCAUGAUCAUAAGUCACUCAGCACUCACUACUGAUGGAAACUCUGCGAGGGAUGGAGGCUAUUUCUCCCAUGGGGUGGCACACUGUGCUAUUAAAUAGCAUGGUGGAGACAAAUCCUUCAGAGAACCUAUAGCAUCUUGUGUUAUAGAAUUACAUAUAUAUAUUAUAGGAUAUCUGUGUCUUGUGCAUUCAUAUCAUUUCACAAUUUUUACUGGUAAUCUACAUAUUAUGUACAGAAAAGAAAAAUAACCCAAUGUUGAGAAAGAGAGACAGAGAGAGACUGAUAGAGACAGAGACAGAGAAAGAGAGACAGAGAGAGAGAAAGAGAGAGAGAGAAAUCGAGAGAGUGAAAGAGAGAGUGAAAGAGAGAGCGCAAGAGAAUGAGAGAGAGAGAGAGAGAGAGCGAGAGAGAGAGAGAGAGAGAGAGAAGGAAAGAGAAGGAAAGAGAAAGAAAGAGAAAGAAAGAGAAGGAAAGAGAAGGAAAGAGAGAGAAAGAGUGAAUGACGUAUUUCUGCCAUUAGGUAGUGUGAGUGCAGUAGUUACUGUGGAUCAUCAGGGGGAUAAGUUAAGUAGCGGCUGGGGAUACAGCUAAGAGCUAACACAUGACGCCAUAGUGGUGUGUGUGUGUGUGUGUGUACAUGUGUGUGUUCUCAGCUAAUGCCUGACCGCCAGGAGAACGCUUCAGUGAAUCCACUUCCCUCAGCAUCCAGGAAACACAAUUAACAGGAGGAGAGAAACACCACAACACCAUUAAAGUAUGAAUUAGGAUCUGGGACACGAUUCAUCCUCUGAGCCCACAGUACUGAUGGCUGCUGCUAAAACACACACUGCUCUGCUCCUCCAUUAAGACAUUUCCACCUGUGAGAGGCGUGUGUGCUGUGUGAGAAUGAGGGUGUGUGUGUGUGUGUGCCUCUGUGUGUGUAGUUGUUUCUGCCUGUAUAAAUGUGUGUGUUUGUGUGUGAUCAACUCUGUAUGAGUGUGUGUGUGUGUGUGAUCAACUCUGUAUGAGUGUGUGUCUGUGAGCCUGUGGGAGCAUUCCGGAAUAUUUCAGUGCCUCGAAGGACUAAUACCAGAGGAGGUGGGAUAAGAAGCGUAAUGGUUACAGAUAAUUGAAAUGGUAAACCAUCCAUCUCCCGCUGUGUGUGUGCGUGUAUGUGUGUGUUUGUGUGUAUUUGCAUGCGUGUGUGUGUGUGUGUGUGUGUGUCAUCCAUCCCCUCCGACAGAGCUGGGCUACAGUGGGUAGUAUGGUAAUGUGCUGUGAUUAGAAGUGAGAGGGAACUAAAUUUGGAGGCUCAAUUACCUUGAUAUGUGGUUCAAUUAUAUGUACAACAACAUGAGCCUGAAGUACUUUCUAAGGGCUUGGGGGAAAUGUGAGCGCCAAGGACUCAUCUGAGAACCACAGAGAUUAGGCUGACUCUAAGAGAUAUCGGAAAAUGUACUGUUUGGUUGUCUAAUCUGACCAACGACAGACAUGCUGAUAACAAACAACAUCAGCUAAGGUAGUAGAGUAUGUGUGUUUGCAAACAUCCGAAACUAGACAUCCUCCUGGACUAACAAACACGGUCCUUGAAGACUCACUUUUGCACAUGCAUUUAGUCCAGGAGGAAGGGCUUUAAUUGUUUAAAUUCACUACUGUUGGAUGCAAUGAACAGGCCUUCUACCAGCGUGUACAAGGCUUCUCAGGCACAAUGUCACAUUUGACAUUUCCGGUGUAAUCAGCAGCUCUAGACGUGUCAGUAGAACAAAAGCCAUUAUCGUUCCGUACACAAAGACUCACUCACACUGGAGACUAAAGACUCCCACUCUACAUCAGUGGCGUUAGUGUGUGUCACUGUUAGGAGCAGAACGACAGAGCCAGAAAGGCAGCACAUGUCACAACAUGGAAGUGGAUGAAUAGCGGAAGUGGAUGAAUAGCACGUGGGUGCAGUGAAUAGAUCAUACCGCCGUCUGUCUGUCUGUCUGUCUGUCUGUCUGUGUUGAACAUUAUGUUUGUGUUCUUUGUGCUAAACAAUUUCAGUUCAGGAUUUUCCAUAUUAGCCCGUUCCUACCCAGUGUGUCACCACCGCAGCUGAGAAAGGAGGUAGGGCUGUUCUGUCUGAUAAGGCUACAGCUGAAGAGAGAGGUUAAAGGUCAGAGGACAGAGGGCAUCUCCACACAGCAAUACCAAGCAGGUCACUAUGGUUAGAGAGAUACAGCCUGACUCACAACACUACUUGUAUGGAGGAAGAGGAAGAUCGGGAUAGAGAAAAAGAGCAGAGGAAGGGAGAGCGAGUCUAUUGGAGAGAGAAAAUGAGACUGAGAGAGAGAGAUGGAUGGUGAGAGAAAGAUGAGGGGAUGGUAAAGCACUUCAGAGGAAAGUAACCAUCUCCUGAAGGGUUUCUGCUCUACCUGGUCAGGAUGGCAGGUCACGUACACAAUCCAUUCAGCUCUACGGGAUUGUGUUUAAGUGUGCGUGUGUGUGUGUGUGUGUGUGUGUGUGUGUGUGUGUGUUUUAUCAGGGCAGGUCAGGAGACAAUGGAAGCAGCCAGCAGAUGGAGACUGCUGAUAGCCUCCUGUCACACAUAACUGUCCCCUCAACCCCAUUCACACAGACUGAGAGAGAGAGAGAGAGAGAGAGAGAGAGAGAGGAGGAGAGAGAGAGAGAGAGAGAGAGAGAGAGAGAGAGAGAGAGAGAGAGAGAGAGAGAGAGAGAGAGAGAAAACAAACACAAACAAACAAAAUGCCCAAACACUAGAAAAUGGAAAAGAACAGCAAGAACGUGCCUUUUCAGAACAACAAAAGUCUCAGUAACUGCUAUUCAGUGUUAACCGGGUCUCAGUAACUGCUAUUCAGUGUUAACCGGGUCUCAGUAACUGCUAUUCUGUGUUUUAAACCCGGGUCUCAGUAACUGCUAUUCAGUGUUAACCGGGUCUCAGUAACUGCUAUUCUGUGUUUUAAACCCGGGUCUCAGUAACUGCUAUUCAGUAUUAACCGGGUCUCAGUAACUGCUAUUCAGUGUUAACCGGGUCUCAGUAACUGCUAUUCAGUGUUAACCGGGUCUCAGUAACUGCUAUUCAGUGUUAACCGGGUCUCAGUAACUGCUAUUCAGUGUUAACCGGGUCUCAGUAACUGCUGUUCAGUGUUAACCAGGUCUCAGGAACUGCUAUUCAGUGUUAACCGGGUCUCAGUAACUGCUGUUCAGUGUUAACCGGGUCUCAGUAACUGCUGUUCAGUAUUAACCGGGUCUCAGUAACUGCUGUUCAGUGUUAACCGGGUCUCAGUAACUGCUGUUCAGUAUUAACCGGGUCUCAGUAACUGCUAUUCAGUGUUAACCGGGUCUCAGUAACUGCUAUUCAGUGUUAACCGGGUCUCAGUAACUGCUGUUCAGUGUUAACCGGGUCUCAGUAACUGCUAUUCAGUGUUAACCGGGUCUCAGUAACUGCUGUUCAGUGUUAACCAGGUCUCAGGAACUGCUAUUCAGUGUUAACCGGGUCUCAGUAACUGCUGUUCAGUGUUAACCGGGUCUCAGUAACUGCUGUUCAGUAUUAACCGGGUCUCAGUAACUGCUAUUCAGUGUUAACCGGGUCUCAGUAACUGCUAUUCAGUGUUAACCGGGUCUCAGUAACUGCUAUUCAGUGUUAACCGGGUCUCAGUAACUGCUAUUCAGUGUUAACCGGGUCUCAGUAACUGCUGUUCAGUGUUAACCGGGUCUCAGUAACUGCUGUUCAGUAUUAACCGGGUCUCAGUAACUGCUAUUCAGUGUUAACCGGGUCUCAGUAACUGCUAUUCAGUGUUAACCGGGUCUCAGUAACUGCUAUUCAGUGUUAACCGGGUCUCAGUAACUGCUAUUCAGUGUUAACCGGGUCUCAGUAACUGCUGUUCAGUGUUAACCGGGUCUCAAUAACUACUAUGCAGUGUUAACCGGGGCUCAGGAACUGCUAUUCAGUGUUAACCGGGGCUCAGGAACUGCUAUUCAGUGUUAACCGGGUCUCAGGAACUGCUAUUCAGUGUUAACCGGGUCUUUUGAAAGGCCAGACGUCAGAUGACAGUACUCCAAUGUAACAUGUCACUGUAUCACUGUAUCGCCCUAACUCUAUUGACGUGCAAUACAGUCUUAUAGGCCCUAUCAAAUUCCAUGUUAUUAUAUCUCCUGGGAACUUCAUGCUCUUGUUCAGCCCAAUCUCCCUUAACAGUCCCAAACCGUAGUAUGUAUCGCGUAUCAGUAUGUUGGUAAUCAAGAGUUGUUUCCUUCUUUCCCUCCAUCCAGAGGUUCAGUGGUUUGACUAAUGUGUUUUAGUGGCUUGGUGGAAUGAACAAACAGCGUGAUUUAGGAGACAGCGCUAAGAGAAUAUAGGCAAGGCAUGGUCUGGCAUCAUAUCUCUAUCUCCUUAAUAAACAUGGCUGUUUCUCAGCUCACUGGCUGGGUGCAUCUAGAAGAAGAAAGGAAAACCCACACACUCACUCAAAUAUUCUUAAAGUUUAAUGUCUUAUUUUUUAGCAGCAGAGGUCAAAACAAACGCAUCCUAUAAUUAAAAAAUAAGACAUUAAAACAUAAAGAAUAUUUCAGUGAGUGCAGGAUUUUCCUUUCUUCCAGUAUAUGCCUUUUGAACCAGGCACCCAAAUAUAUUUUUUACUACAAACAUUUCAGCUGAGCAUGGCAAUUUCUCUUUCUAUACAUCUAGACCAGGGACGGGCAACUGGUGGCCAGCUCUCUUACUUUUGCGGCCAGCUAUUUACGUGGUCAAAUUACCUGCUGGGGGCCCCCAUUGAUUUUGUUAGUCAGUCUCACGUUGAUAUAAUAUUUUAAAACUGCAAACAUUUCUCUUCACCCGGAGGGGGGGGUUUGGAUGUGGGUACGCAGACUCGUAAGCAACUGCGGCCCCUCAUGAUAUUUUGUGGCCACCACCCACAUCAAAGUUUCCCAUCCCUAGACGUACACAUUACACCACAACACUGUAGGUCAUAAGAUGAUAAUAAUAAUAAUAAUAUGCCAUUUAGCAGACGCUUUUAUCCAAAGCGACUUACAGUCAUGUGCGCAUACAUUUUUACGUAUGGGUGGUCCCGGGGAUCGAACCCACUACCCUGGCGUUACAAGCGCCAUGCUCUACCAAUUGAGCUACAGAGGACCACAUGAUAAAUGUUUGGGCCACUCCACCACACUCCCACUGUAGCAACACACACCAACUGUAGCAACACACACCAAAUGUAGCAACACACACAAACUGUAGCAAACACACACCAACUGUAGCAACCACCAACUGUAGCAACACACCAACUGUAGCAAACACCAACUGUAGCAACACUACACCAACUAAUAGCACAUCAGCACAGCUGUAGCAACACACUCAACUGUAAGGACCAACACACUCACCAACUGUAUCAACACUACUCAACGCUAGCAACACACCACUGUAACAACACACAACUGUAGCAACACAUCAAAUGUAGCAACACACUCACUGUAGCAACACAUACCAACUGUAGCAACACACCCAAACUGUAGCAACACACACAACUGUAGCAACACCCAACAACUGUAGCAACACACCAACUGUAGAAACACACUACCAACUGUAGCAACUCACACCAAUGUAGCAACAACACUGAACAUACAUUUAACAACUCCAACUGUGCAACACACACCAAUUGUAGCAACCACAUCCAACUGUAGCAACACACUCAUUCUGUAGCAACACCCACACAAACUGUAGCAACACACUCCAACUUAGAACACACUCCAACUGUAGCAACACACACUCCCAACUGUAGUCAACAACACACAACUGUACAACACACACAAACUGUAGCAACACACUCAUGUCGCAUACAUUUUCAACGUAUUGUCCCGGUGCAACCAACUACUGUACAAGCCAUCUCUCAAUUGAGUACAGGGACCACAAUAAUUUUGCAACACACUCCAACUGUAGCACACACUCCACUGUAGCAACACCACCAAUGUAGCCACACUACACACAAACUUAGCAACACACCAACUGUAGCAACACACACACUCAACUGUUAGCAACACCACCAACUGUAGCAACACACACCAACUGUAGCAACAACACUCAACUGUAGCAAACGACACUAACUAAUAAUAAUUACAAACGCCAACUUAGCAACGCUAUUCCAACUCGUAGCAACUACAUCCACUGUAGCACACACAAUUUCAAACAUAUUGUGCCCAUCCACUGGUACAACACAACCACUGUAGCGUCACAAACGACACUGCAUACACACACAAUGAAGCCAUUAGCAGACGCUUUUAUCCAAAGCGACUUACCAGUCAUGUGCGCAUACAUUUUUACGUAUGGGUGGUCCCGGGGAUCGAACCCACUACCCUGGCGUUACAAGCGCCAUGCUCUACCAAUUGAGCUACAGAGGACCACAUGAUAAAUGUUUGGGCCACUCCACCACACUCCCACUGUAGCAACACACUCCAACUGUAGCAACACACACCAACUGUAGCAACACACACAAACUGUAGCAACACACACCAACUGUAGCAACACACUCCCACUGUAGCAACACACUCCAACUGUAGCAACACACACCAACUGUAGCAACACACUCCAACUGUAGCAACACACUCCAACUGUAGCAACACACCCCAACUGUAGCAACACACACCAACUGUAGCAACACAAACCAACUGUAGCAACACACACAAACUGUAGCAACACACACCAACUGUAGCAACACACUCCAACUGUAGCAACACAAACCAACUGUAGCAACACACACCAACUGUAGCAACACACACCAACUGUAGCAACACACUCCAACUGUAGCAACACACACCAACUGUAGCAACACACUCCAACUGUAGCAAACACACUCCAACUGUAGCAACACACACCAACUGUAGCAACACACACCAACUGUAGCAACACACACCAACUGUAGCAACACACUCCCACUGUAGCAACACACACCAACUGUAGCAACACACACAAACUGUAGCAACACACUCCCACUGUAGCAACACACUCCAACUGUAGCAACACACACCAACUGUAGCAACACACUCCAACUGUAGCAACACACACCAACUGUAGCAACACACACCAACUGUAGCAACACACUCCAACUGUAGCAACACACACCAACUGUAGCAACACACACAAACUGUAGCAACACACUCCAACUGUAGCAACACACUCCAAAUGUAGCAACACACUACAACUGUAGCAACACACUCCAACUGUUUCAACACACACCAACUGUAGCAACACACACCAACUGUAGCAACACACACCAACUGUAGCAACACACACCAACUGUAGCAACACACCCCAACUGUAGCAACACACACCACUGUAGCAAACACACCAACUGUAGCAACAACACUCCAACUGUAGAUAACACACUACCAACUGUAGCAACUCCCACACCAAACUGUAGCACACACUCCAACUGUAGCAACACACACUAACUGUAGCAACACACUUCAACUGUAGAUAACACACUACAACUGUAGCAACUCACACCAACUGUAGCAACACACUCCAACUGUAGCAACACACACUAACUGUAGCAACACACUUCAACUGUAGAUAACACACUACAACUGUAGCAACACACACCAACUGUAGCAACACACACCAACUGUAGCAACACACUCAAUCUGUAGCAACACACUCCAACUGUAGCAACACACACCAACUGUAGCAACACACUCCAACUGUAGCAACACACACCAACUGUAGCAACACAAACCAACUGUAGCAACACACACCGACUGUAGCAGCACACUUCAACUGUAGCAACACACUCCAACUGUAGCAACACACACAAACUGUAGCAACACACACCAACCGUAGCAACACACUCCAACUGUAGCAACACACUCCAAAUGUAGCGACACACACUAACUGUAGCAACACACACCAACCGUAGCAACACACUCCAAAUGUAGCAACACACUCCAACUGUAACAACACACACCAACUGUAGCAACACACUCCAACUGUAGCAACACACACCAACUGUAGCAACACACACCAACUGUAGCAACACACACCAACUGUAGCAACACACUCCAACUGUAGCAACACACACCAACUGUAGCAACACACUCCAACUGUAGCAACACACUCCAACUGUAGCAACACACCAACUGUAGCAACACACUCCAACUGUAGCAACACACUCCAACUGUAGCAACACACACCAACUGUAGCAACACACUCCAACUGUAGCACCACACACCAACUGUAGCAACACACUCCAACUGUAGCAACUCACACCAACUGUAGCAACACACACAAACUGUAGCAACACACACCAACUGUAGCAACACACUAUAACUGUAGCAACACACUCCAACUGUUUCAACACACUCCAACUGUAGCAACACACUCCAACUGUAGCAACACACUCCAACUGUAACAACACACACACACACACUGUAGCAACACACACAAACUGUAGCAACACACUCCAACCAAGUUUCAAGUUUUAUUGUCACGUGCACAAGGACAGUGAAAUGCCUUUCUUGCAAGGUACAGUGGGGAAAAAAAUGUAUUUAGUCAGCCACCAAUUGUGCAAGUUCUCCCACUUAAAAAGAUGAGAGAGGCCUGUAAGUUUCAUCAUAGGUACACGUCAACUAUGACAGACAAAAUGAGAAAAAAAAUCCAGAAAAUCACAUUGUAGGAUUUUUAAUGAAUUUAUUUGCAGAUUAUGGUGGAAAAUAAGUAUUUUGUCAAUAACAAAAGUUUCUCAAUACUUGGUUAUAUACCCUUUGUUGGCAAUGACACAGGUCAAACUUUUUCUGUAAGUCUUCACAAGGUUUUCACACACUGUUGCUGGUAUUUUGGCCCAUUCCUCCAUGCAGAUCUCCUCUAGAGCAGUGAUGUUUUGGGGCUGUCGCUGGGCAACACAGACUUUCAACUCCCUCCAAAGAUUUUCUAUGGGGUUGAGAUCUGGAGACUGGCUAGGCCCCUCCAGGACCUUGAAAUGCUUCUUACGAAGCCACUCCUUCGUUGCCCGGGCGGUGUGUUUGGGAUCAUUGUCAUGCUGAAAGACCCAGCCACGUUUCAUCUUCAAUGCCCUUGCUGAUGGAAGGAGGUUUUCACUCAAAAUCUCACGAUACAUGGCCCCAUUCAUUCUUUCCUUUACACGGAUCAGUCAUCCUGGUCCCUUUGCAGAAAACAGCCCCAAAGCAUGAUGUUUCCACCCCCAUGCUUCACAGUAGCUAUGGUGUUCUUUGGAUGCAACUCAGCAUUCUUUGUCCUCCAAACACGACGAGUUUAGUUUUUACCAAAAAGUUCUAUUUUGGUUUCAUCUGACCAUAUGACAUUCUCCCAAUGCUCUUCUGGAUCAUCCAAAUGCACUCUAGCAAACUUCAGACGGGCCUGGACAUGUACUGGCUUAAGCAGGGGGACACGUCUGGCACUGCAGGAUUUGAGUCCCUGGCGGCGUAGUGUGUUACUGUGGUAGGCUUUGUUACUUUGGUCCCAGCUCUCUGCAGGUCAUUCACUAGGUCCCCCCGUGUGGUUCUGGGAUUUCUGCUCACCGUUCUUGUGAUCAUUUUGACCCCACGGGGUGAGAUCUUGCGUGGAGCCCCAGAUCGAGGGAGAUUAUCAGUGGUCUUGUAUGUCUUCCAUUUCCUAAUAAUUGCUCCCACAGUUGAUUUCUUCAAACCAAGCUGCUUACCUAUUGCAGAUUCAGUCUUCCCAGCCUGGUGCAGGUCUACAAUUUUGUUUCUGGUGUCCUUUGACAGCACUUUGGUCUUGGCCAUAGUGGAGUUUGGAGUGUGACUGUUUGAGGUUGCGGACAGGUGUCAUUUAUACUGAUAACAAGUUCAAACAGGUGCCAUUAAUACAGGUAACGAGUGGAGGACAGAGGAGCCUCUUAAAGAAGAAGUUACAGGUCUGUGAGAGCCAGAAAUCUUGCUUGUUUGUAGGUGACCAAAUACUUAUUUUCCACCAUAAUUUGCAAAUAAAUUCAUUAAAAAUCCUACAAUAUGAUCUUCUGGAUAGUUUUUUCUCAAUUUGUCUGUCAUAGUUGACGUGUACCUAUGAUGAAAAUUACAGGCCUCUCUCAUCUUUUUAAGUGGGAGAACUUGCACAAUUGGUGGCUGACUAAAUACUUUUUUCCCCCACUGUAUUUCCCAACAAUGUAGUAAUCAAUAUAAGUAGUACUAUAAAAAAUGUCAAGUAGAACAAAAACACACGAGAAAUAGAAAUAAUAAGAACAUGAGAAAGUAAUUAAGCUAUAUACAGGGUCAGUUCCAGGGUCAGUGCCAAUACCAUAUUUACAAUGUGCAAGGACACUGGAGUGGUAGGAUUAGAUAUGUAUAGGGGUAAGGUGACUAGGUAUCAGGAUACAUGACAAACAGAGUAGCAGCAGUGUAUAUGAUGAUUGCAUGUGAGUGUGUGUGUAGUGUCAACAGGAAUGUGUGUGAGUGUUGUGUGUGUGAGCAAAUUAAGUGUGUGUGUGUGUGUGUGGAUGUUGGAGUGUCAGUGUGAGUGUAUGAGAGUAAGAGUGUAGAGUCCUGUGAAUGUACAUAGAGUCAGUGCAGAAAUACAAAUAAAAUAGAAGGGUCAAUGCAGAUAGUCUGUGUAGCCAUUUUGUUAGCUAUUUAGUAGUCUUAUGGCUUGAAUAUUGAAGUUGUUCAGGAGCCUGUUGGUGUCAGACAGAGAGAACGGCCUAUGGCUUGGGUGGUUGGAGUCUUUAAAGGUGAGAGGCAAAGGUCUCUACAAAAACCAUAACACUUAAUAAUAAUUCUAAUUUAUGCUUAAUUAAAUAAGCCCCAACAACAUUUUUGUCUCUGACAACAUUUUAGCUGUCAUUUCUACUUUUUGGUGAUGUCAUUUUCUGAACAUAGAAUGUAAUGAUGACAUCAUUUGAGGGCAGAAAGAAAAUAACAAUGGCUUACUGCAAGGAACACAAGCUACAAACAUGACUUACUGCAAGGAACACAAGCUACAGACAUGACUUACUGCAACGAACACAAGCGACAGGCGUGGCUUACUGCAAGGAACGCAAGCUACAUGCGUGGCUUACUGCAAGAAACACAAGCGACAGGCGUGGCUUACUGCAAGGAACACAAGCUACAGGCGUGGCUUACUGCAAGGAACACAAGCUACAGGUGUGGCUUACUGCAAGGAACUCAAGUGACAGGCGUGGCUUACUGCAAGGAACACAAGCUACAUGUGUGGUUUACUGCAAGGAACACAAGCGACAGGCGUGGCUUACUGCAAGUAACACAAGCGACAGGCGUGGCUUACUGCAAGGAACACAAGCUACAUGCGUGGCUUACUGCAAGAAACACAAGCGACAGGCAUGGCUUACUGCAAGGAACACAAGCGACAGGCGUGGCUUACUGCAAGCAACACAAGCGACAGGUGUAGCUUACUGCAAGCAACACAAGCAACAGGCAUGGCUUUUAUGAGCCAUUUUCUGGAUCAGAAAUUAAACAAAUGAUACUGACAUGACGUGAGAAGACACUUGUAUAUCUGGGAAAUAAACAUGUACGCUACCUCUCAAAGGUUUUAGAACAUCUACUCAUUCAAGGGUUUUUCUUUAUUUUUACUAUUUUCUACAUUGUAGACUAAUAGUGAACACAUCAAAACUAUUAAAUAACACAUAUGGAAUCAUGUAGUAACCAAAUAAGUGUUAAACAAAUCAAAAUAUAUGUUAUAUUUGAGAUUCUUCAAAUAGCCACCCUGUCACGCUCUGGCUCCGGGACUUUGUAUGUUGAGCCAGGGUGUGUUCGUUUUGUUGUGUUUGGUUUGGUUUUGGUUGUGUUUCCUUGUUUGGUCGUGUGACUCCCAAUCAGUGGUAACGAGUGUCAGCUGUCGGCUCGUUAUCUCUGAUUGGGAGCCAUAUUUAAACUGUCAGUGUUCACCUUAGUGUUGUGGGUUUUUGUUCCGUAUUCAGUCUUUGUCACUGUGGACUUCACGUAUCGUCAUUGUUUGUUGUUUUGGCAUUGAGUACUUUAAUUUAAUAAAGUCAUGUUCACUCAACGCGCUGCGCUUUGGUCUCAUUCGUCAGACGAUCGUGACACACCCUUUGCCUUGAUGACAGCUUUGCACACUCUUGGCAUUCUCUCCACCAGCUUCAUGAGGUAGUCACCUGGAAUGCAUUUCAAUUAACAGGUGUGCCUUCUUAAAAGGUAAUUUGUGGAAUUUCUUUCCUUCUUAAUGCUUUUGAACCAAUCAGUUGUGUUGUGACAAGGUAUACAGAAGACAGCCCUAUUUGGUAAAAGACCAAGUCCAUAUUAUGGCAAGAACAGCUCAAAUAAGCAAAGAGAAACGACAGUCCAUCAUUACUUUAAGACAUGAAGGUCAGUCAGUACGGAACAUUUCAAGAACUUUGAAAGUUUCUUCAAGUGCAGUCGCAAAAACCAUCAUGCACUAUGAUGAAACUGGCUCUCAUGAGGACCGAACACAGGAAUGGAAGACCCAGAGUUACCUCUGCUGUGGAGGAUAAGUUCAUAAGAGUUACCAGCCUCAGAAAUUGCAGCCCAAAUAAAUGCUUCACAGAGUUAAAGUAACAGACACAUCUCAACAUCAACUGUUCAGAUGAGACUGUGUGAAUCAGGCCUUCAUGGUCGAAUUGCUGCCAAGAAAUCACUAAAGGACACCAAUAAGAAGAAGAGACUUGCUUGGGCCAAGAAACACAAGUAAUGAACAUUAGACCGGUGGAAAUUUGUCCUUUGGUCUGGAGUCCAAAUCGGAGAUGUUUGGCUCCAACCGCUGUGUCUUUGUGAGACGCGUUGUGGGUGAACGGAUGAUCUCCGCAUGUGUAUUUCCCACCGUAAAGCAUGGAGGAGGAGCUGUUAUGGUGUGGGGGUGCUUUGCUGGUGACACAGUCUGUGAUUUAUUUAGAAUUCAAGGCACACUUAACCAGCAUGGCUACCACAGCAUUCUGCAGCAAUACGCCAUCCCAUCUGGUUUGGGUUUAGUGGGACUAUCAUUUGUUUUUCAACAGGAUAAUGACCCAACACACCUCCAGGCUGGGUAAUGGCUAUUUUACCAAGAAGGAGAGUGAUGGAGUGCUGCAUCAGAUGGCCUGGCCUCCACAAUCCCCCGACCUCAAACAAAUUGAGAUGGUUUAGGAUGAGUUGGACCACAGAGUGAAGGAUAAACAGCCAACAAGUCCUCAGCAUAUGUGGGAACUCCUUCAAGACUGUUGGAAAAGCAUUCCAGGUGAAGCUGGUUGCCAUCACAAUCUCCAUUAUUCAUUGCUUUACCCUGGUUAUUUCUAAAUAAAUAUUUUUUGUCAUAUAAAAUAUAUACUGUCUCCAAGAAUAAAUUGCCUUGUCAUCUUAUUUGCCUUCAGAAUUACAAGUUAACAGUAGUUAUAAUUGUAACUAUUUUAUAGUUUCUUGCUGACUCAGAGCUAGUGGUGCCCUGUUAAUAAUGUCAUAGUAAUAAGUGUACACACUCCAAAAUAAAUGAAUCGAAGGCAGACGUUGGGAGGUUGAAGUCGCCCAGUACGAUGAGCGGGACAACUUCGGCAAUGCAUUUCCUAAUGAAGCUGGUGACGGAGGUGGUUAGCUUGUCGAUGCUAUCAUACCCCCAAGACAUGCUAACCUCUCAUAAUUACAAUAACAGGGAAGGUUAGCAUUUUUGGGGGGGGUAUGAUAUUUGUGCAUCUGUAACUUUCUCACGCAUCAUUAUUCACAAUUCAUUCAGGACUAUUCAUAAUCAUUAAUGUAGAAUUCACUCCAAAAUGACACAAUACGUUAUCUACCAUUAAUUUCUAUUGGGCACAAAAUAAUCUGAAACAUAACCAAAACAAACAACAAAUGCAUCAAACAAGUUUGUAGAGUCACAACCUUGAUGUAAUCAUUGCAUGCUAGGAAUAGCGUGCUAGGAAUAUGGGACCAAAUACUACACUUUACACAUAUACAGUGAGGGAAAAAAGUAUUUGAUCCCCUGCUGAUUUUGUACGUUUGCCCACUGACAAAGAAAUGAUCAGUCUAUAAUUUUUAUGGUAGGUUUAUUUGAACAGUGAGAGACAGAAUAACAAAAAAAAAAUCCAGAAAAACGCAUGCCAAAAAUGUUAGAAAUUGAUUUGCAUUUUAAUGAGGGAAAUAAGUAUUUGACCAAUCAGAAAGAUUUCUGGCUCCCAGGUGUCUUUUAUACAGGUAACGAGCUGAGAUUAGGAGCACACUCUUAAAGGGAGUGCUCCUAAUCUCAGUUUGUUACCUGUAUAAAAGACACCUGUCCACAGAAGCAAUCAAUCAAUCAAUCAGAUUCAAAACUCUCCACCAUGGCCAAGACCAAAGAGCUCUCCAUGGAUGUCAGGGACAAGAUUAUAGACCUACACAAGGCUGGAAUGGGCUACAAGACCAUCGCCAAGCAGCUUGGUGAGAAGGUGACAACAGUUGGUGCGAUUUUUCCGCACAUGGAGUUGCAAUGAUCAUGAGAACGGUGAGGAAUCAGCCCAGAACUACACGGGAGGAUCUUGUCAAUGAUCUCAAGGCUGCUGGGACCAUAGUGUGGGGGUCUAUUUUCUUAUAACUAGAUGUGAUGCCUAGCUUAGAAAGAAUACAUUAAUGAUUAAACAUAAUAGGUUUGUGCUGUACUGAUAUAGAUUGUUUAACAUAACAAGCUGUGAUUAAUGUGAGGAACCGUUAGGGGGUAGGCUGAGACAGACUUGUGACUCACAUACACACACACUGCCUCUUUGUUAAACCGCUCAAGGACAUGUGUUCUGCUACAAAGAUGUCUGAGGUUGCUGACUCGAGACAAGUUGUAAAGAUAACAACUAAUGCCUGGCAACAGUGAAGCACCAAGGGGCUGGGACCAGCCUGUGCGCCAGCGAUACUAAAGUAAUGCAAUAGGCUACAAUUAUAACAUUAUCAAAAAAAGGCACAAUUUAAUGUGAAAUAGUUAUUACAAUUAUUAUUAAUAGUUAUUACAGUUAUUAUCAUUGAUCCAGUAAUGAUAGAAGGAUAGUAGAGGAAAGGCAAGGGAUUAAAUCUCAUUUAGGGAAAGAGGCAGAGUAUGAAGAUGUAUUAGGGAGAAAAUAUCAUUAACUGAGGGAUAUAAAAUGUUUAGCUGAAAAAGACAACAGGAAUAAUUUACCUUACACCCUAAUAUAGACAUUAGACCACACCAGAAGUAGAGAUGGCAGGAUCACCAGUAGCAAUCAUGAAGAGAAGGUUCCCAGAAAAUAGUGAAGAUAUUGGUAAUAUCUCUAACAAAUGAGAAAAAGGACCAGAACGAUAGUAACUAAAUGGCCAAAGGAGGGAACAUUUGAUGUAACCGUGAUUGUAUUGGCAAAAAAAUGAAAUAUGACAUUUACAGGAGGGACAGGAACAAUAGAAGGGGAGACAGAUUUUCCUAGGGGGUUGAUCAAAUAAUUGAUAAUGGAUCAUUUGUGAUGAGAUCACAUGUAGCAGAUUUAGGGUAAUCAAUUAAAUAAUCAUUGUAUACUCGAGGAAUUUUGAGUGGUUUUAUGGAUUAGUUAUGAGGAAUUAGAUUGAUACAAACAAUUAUUGAUGGGUUAGGACUGGGGAUAUCUGUAUCAUGUUUUGUGUGUACUACCAUCUUUAGAUUACUGAUGGUAAUUGAAGGUUAACUAAAUGUAUAACCAGGAGAAAGAGAUUAGUUUAUCUCAUUGGAAUGUUGCCCAGGGCUAGGGGGAGCAGUAGUGAAUUUAGGCAGUAUUUAGGUCAUAAAAGUGAGCUACCAAAUUAAGUGGGGCCUGGCUAUUUGUGGUUGUUGUUUUUCAAAUUGGGUUUUCAAAUAAAAAACAACACACCUAGUAUGAUGGUUAUAAAGGGUUGUUAUGUUAAAAUUAGGGGGUAAAAAUAAGGGAUGGCAAUUGGAUGAUAAAUUACCAAUAUUACUGUCACGAUCGUCUAAUGAGGGAGACCAAAGCGCAGCGCGUUGAGCGAACAUGACUUUAUUAAAUUAAAGUACUCACUACAAAAAACAACAAACAAUGACGAAUCGUGAAGUCCUCAGUUACAAUGACUGACAAGGAACAAAAACCCACAACACUAAGGUGAACACUGACAGAGAUAACGAGCCGACAGCUGACACUCGUUACCACUGAUUGGGAGUCACACGACCAAACAAGGAAACAACCAAAUACAACACAACCAAUACCAAACACAACCAAAUGAACACACCCUGGCUCAAAAUACACAGUCCCGGAGCCAGAGCGUGACAGUACCCCCCCCUAAAGGCGCGGACUCCGAACCGCGCACUACACCCCAAAUAGGGAAGGGCUGGCGUGGGGUAUUGCUCCUCGGAGGGCGGGCUUCCGGCUCCGGGCUUGACCACCCACCCUACUACAAUCCCCCCGUGGUGCCCCAAGUGCCGAUCUGAACCCAGUUAGCUGGAUCAGGACUGCCGACGCGCACCCCUGGCCUUGGCGCGUGAGGCAGGAUGGACCGGACCGCAGACAACGCACCCCUGUGCGUUAGGACAGGCUCACCGUGAGCCGCAUCCUGGAUUGGUGCGAGUACAUAAUGGCUAAUCGGCUGACUACUCCACCCUUGCUGGUGCGUACAAAUGGCUGAAUCGGCUGACACUCGCACCCUGGUGCGAGUAGCAGGCUGAAUCGGCUGACGACUCCCUGACUUGGUGCGAGUGCAGGAACAGGCAGAAUGGGAACUCGCACCCUUGCUUGGUGCGAGUGGCAGGAUACAGGCCGGACAGGGCUGACGAAACGCACCAUAGACUUGGUGCGGAGAGCAGCACGGGCAGGACCAGGGCUGGCGACGCGCACCACUGACCUGGUGCGGGGAGCUUGGAUGGGCCGGACUGGGCUGGCGACGCGCAACCACAGACCUGGUGCGGAGAGCAGAACGGGCCGGACAGGGCUGACGAAACGCACCAUAGACUUGGUGCGGAGAGCAGGCACGGGUCUGACAGGGCUGGCGACGCGCACCACAGACUUGGCGCGGAGAGCAGGAACGGGCCGGACAGGGCUGACGACGCACACCACUGGCUUGGUGCGGGCAGCUUGGAUGGGCCGGACUGUACUGGGGACACACACCACUGGCCCUAACCGGAUCUGGAACGGGCCGGACCGGACUGGCAAACACGCCAGUACCUCUCGCCGUGCCUCUACUUCCUCCAUCCCCUCUUCGACCAGUGGCCCCCGUAACCCGACGGCCUCCUCCGGCAACCCGCUGGACCGCUCUAUCGCGGCCUCCUGCUGGUCCGACGUCAUGAGCCCCCCCCUAAAAAUUUUCUGGGGUUCUCUCCUCUUCGUGGACCAGGCCUCCAUCGUUCUCGCCAGACUAUCACCCCACUGCUCCAAAGUCCAACCUCUCUCCUCUUCUCUUGGCUUGGCCCAGUCGAGACUCCUACUCAACUGCUCCCAAGUCCAUCCUCUCUCUUCUUCAUGCUGCUUGAUCUGGUUAAGGUGGGUUUUUCUGUCACGAAAGUCAUGUUCGCUCAACGCGCUGCGCUUUGGUCUCCCUCAUUAGACGAUCGUGACAAUUACCUAAGUGAUUGUUUAGGUAGGUGGUAAUAUUGACACAUGGGCAAAACAUGUGUCAAAAGGGGGAUGGUAGGAGAUGGUAGGAUUAAAUAAUAAAUAUAUACGAAGGACGAAAUACAAAAAAAAAAAAAAAAAGAUACAGUCUAGAAAGAGAAUGCAGUCAGAAAUAGAAAUUGAGAGCUGAACACGUGUGAAGAUAGUUUAUUAACCACACCCGUAUGUCAGAGGUUUUGUGCCCCACAGGUGAACUGAAGGAGAAGGUGACCCACUCUAUCUAACCAGGUGACUGGUGAGCAUCCAGUCCCUAAAGAAGAAAAACUGGAAGCAGGCCUGUUGGGAAGGGCCCUAUCAGGUUAUAUUGGUCACUGCCUUUGCCAUUAGAAUAGCAGAAAGAGCAACCUGGGUCCACGUUACCCACUGCAAAAAGGUAAGAACACAUGCAAGCACCACUGAACACAUGCAGAGUUAGAGAGAAGAACUGGACCAAUAGGGUCUGGGGAUCACCUCUGUUAACGAAGAUCUCCUACUCCGACCUAUCAUCACUGUAGUGUGUUCUCAGGGUGUGAGUAUGGGGUAGUACCAAGCAGAAAGACUGAGGACAGGAGAGGGUUGGCGGUUUUUGGGAAUAUGGAUAACUUGAGUUGCAUCAUAGUCUCGGUAAUGGUCUUGAUAUGUCAAGAUCCACCACCAAUUACGCUAUGCCCUUACCAUUGUUAAGAAGUAAAAGAGAAGAGAAGCGACCCGACAUACUGACCGUCAAGGACGAGUGGCCUACAAAAUGGGAGUCAGAGAAGGGCAGACUGUCAGAUUCAAAAUAAGGGUUAGGGACGUAGCCAAUGGGUGGGGUACAUGUCAAUAAGCAAUUUGGGAUUAUAAAAUCCCAUUAUAUUCGUGUUCGGCCCCCACGGCGGAUUGUUCCUAGACUCAGGUGUUUAAACACACUUAGGGAUGGGGAUAUGAGACCGAGGGGGACUGAACAUCCAGAUGGGGGGUAAAGAGAAACAAAGACAUCACCAAUUAUCAAUUGGAGAUAGUAGUAAUGUGACGGACUUAAGUUCGGAAGCACAGGAGAGAAUUUUGAACCUUACAGCCCCUGUAACCGAUGUGUGGUGGGCGUGUGCCAGUAAAGGCAGUGUAAGGCAGAGAAUUCCAAAAGGGUGGCUAAAUACGUGCGCCCUGGUUCUACUGGUUCAGCUAGUUAGAAUUAGUCACCAGGAACCAAGGAUUAAACAGAUGUAGGAGGAGUUUUAACAAGAAGGUGAAUAGCCCUAUUUAGAUGGAUGCGAUUGGGAUACCAAGGGGGGUAUCGGAUGGAUACCGAGCUAUGAAACAAUUAGGGGAACGGUUUACUACCACGUUCUUUUGGUGGGUGACAAGCGGAAUUGUGGAUUGGAUUAAUUAUAUCUAUUACGACCAACAACGAUGUAUUGGCUGGACUAGGGAUGCAACAGAAGGGAUCUUUGAACAAUUAUCCGCCAUCUUACUCUUAUGACUUAGUAAAAAGAGGUUGGCUCUAGAUCAGGCAGAAAGGGGUGGUGUCUAUAGAAUGGUAAGCCAUUGUGGUACGUUUAUCCCUAACAAUACCAGUCCUGACGGGAGUAUCUCUAAAGCCCUAGUUGGUAUAGAUAAACUAUCAGCUGAAAUGAAGAGCAUGGCUGGAAUGGAGGAAAACUGACUAUUCUCCUGGUUGGGGAGUGGUUUGGUAAGUAUGCUGCACUGGUGGUUACUGGAUUUCUGACCCUAGUAGUUGUGUUUCUAAUAUUAAUGUGCUGUGCUGCCUGUGUAAUUCCUUGUCUGAGAAAGUCUGUUACAGAUGUCGUGCAUACGGCUGGUAUGAUGCCCCUCCUAGCGGCUCAAGAAGGGGAUGCAGACACUGAGUCUAGCUUUCGGAAGAAACUGGGGUUGACAAAGGAUGACCCUUGGUUUGCUAUUGGUGAGGUGGUGGAGUGACACCCUAGUGGGUGUCUAAAGGGGGAAUCAAAAUUCCCUGUUUGUGUUUUUAUGUUUUAUAAAUCCAUUUUAACUAUUGUGAAUGUUUGUCUUUCCUUAUGUGAAGGUUUGAAGUUCCUGGGUGGCUGGUAGCCAACCUAGUACAAGUUAUGUGUAGAUGGAAGGACUGAGGGUUUUUAUUUUUUAUUAUCAUUAUUGCCUAUUAAUAAAAGUGUGAUUAUUUUUGUUUGUAUUGUAUUUUAAUGAGUGACACCCUAGUGGGUGUCAAAAGGGGGAAUCCUACAUUUCCCUGAAAUUUCUUAUUUUGGGUUCAAACCCAGCGGGUGUGAAAAGGGGGAUUGUGGGGAUCUAUUUUCUUAUAACUAGAUGUGAUGCCUAGCUUAGAAAGAAUACAUUAAUGAUUAAACAUAAUAGGUUUGUGCUGUACUGAUAUAGAUUGUUUAACAUAACAAGCUGUGAUUAAUGUGAGGAACCGUUAGGGGGUAGGCUGAGACAGACUUGUGACUCACAUACACACACACUGCCUCUUUGCUAUACCAGAUUUGAAUUGACGCAACUUAACAAUAGUCACCAAGAAAACAAUUGGUAACACACUAUGCUGUGAAGGACUGAAAUCCUGCAAUGCCCGCAAGGUCCCCCUGCUCAAGAAAGCACAUAUACAGGGCCGUCUGAAGUUUGCCAAUGAACAUCUGAAUGAUUCAGAGGAGAACUGGGUGAAAGUGUUGUGGUCAGAUGAGACCAAAAUCGAGCGCUUUGGCAUCAACUCAACCCGCCGUGUUUGGAGGAGGACAAAUGCUGCCUACGACCCCAAGAACACCAUCCCCACCGUCAAACAUGGAGGUGGAAACAUUAUUCUUUGGGGGUGUUUUUCUGCUAAGGGGACAGGACAACUUCACCGCAUCAAAGGGACGAUGGACGAGGCCAUGUACCAUCAAAUCUUGGGUGAGAACCUCCUUCCCUCAGCCAGGGCAUUGAAAAUGGGUCGUGGAUGGGUAUUCCAGCAUGACAAUGACCCAAAACACACGGCCAAGGCAACAAAGGAGUGGCUCAAGAAAAAGCACAUUAAGGUCCUGGAGUGGCCUAGCCAGUCUCCAGACCUUAAUCCCAUAGAAAAUCUGUGGAGGGAGCUGAAGGUUCGAGUUGCCAAACGUCAGCCUCGAAACCUUAAUGACUUGGAGAAGAUCUGCAAAGAGGAGUGGAACAAAAUCCCUCCUGAGAUGUGUGCAAACCUGGUGGCCAACUACAAGAAACGUCUGACCUCUGUGAUUUCCAACAAGGGUUUUGCCACCAAGUACUAAGUCAUGUUAUGCAGAGGGGUCAAAUACUUAUUUUCCUCAUUAAAAUUAUAGACUGAUCAUUUCUUUGUCAAUGGGCAAACGUACAAAAUCAGCAGGGGAUCAAAUAUUUUUUUCCCUCACUGUAAGUAAAUUUGUCCCAAUACUUUUGGUUCCCUAAAAUGGGGGGACUAUGUACAAAAAGUGCUGUAAUUUCUAAACGGUUCACCCGAUAUGGAUGAAAAUACCCUCAAAUUAAAGCUGACAGUCUGCACUGUAACCUCAUAGGCAUUGUAUCAUUUCGAAUCCAAAGUGCUGGAGUACAGAGCCAAAACAACAACAAAUGUGUCAAUACUUUUGGAGCUCACUGUAUUCCAGUCAGCGCUAGGAAAACAGUCCUGUAGCAUAGCCUACAGGUGGACCAUUUCUCUACGGAGUGCAUUAUGGGCAGGAUUAUAGAGUCCUGAUCUGAUUUGCCGAAGGGGGGACGAGGGAGGGCCUUGUAUGCUUGCUUGUGGGUAGAGUAACAGUGGUCUAGGAAUUUAUCGCCCCUAGUAGUGAAGGAGACGUGUUGAUGGAAGUUGGGCAUCACGUGUCUUAAUGACUCAGAAUUUAAAUCAAUGGCAAGAAGGAAUGCAGUCUCCGGAUGCAUGGUUUCCUGCUUGUAUAUAGCCUUGUACAGGGAAGGAGAAAAGUGCCAGCUUGUUGUUUUUUUUGUCCUGGGGUGGAAUAUAUACAGCAGUCACAAUAACAGCUGAAAACUCUCUCGGAAGGUAGAAGGGUUGGCAUUUGACCAACAGGUAUUCCAAGACGGGUGAACAUUGGGUCGAGACUUUCACUCCGCUUGAGUCAGUACACCAUUUGCUGUUGAUGAAGAGGCAUGCCCCUCCCCCUCUCAAUUUCCCUGAAUCCAAUGUCCUGUCCACUCGGUGAAUGUAAAAUCCAUCGAGUUGGAUAGCCAUGGAGGGCAUCUUGUCCGAAAGCCAUUUUUCCGAAAAGCAGAUAAUAUUGCAGUUACGAGAGUCAUGUUAAUAGCAAAUCCACUAUCGGAGGUCAUCCAUCUUAUUAUCUAUUGCCCAAUAGAAUGAAGGGAAGAGGUGAGAGGUUUUCCCUUCGCCUUAAUCUCGCAGGACUCCCCCUCUACUGCCUCUUUUUUUGCCCGGCAUUUCCUCUUGAGGAGGCCGAAAAUUGGGUCAGAAUUACACAAAGAGCCCAGGGCAGAUGAGUCAAAGUUGAAGUUGGAAUUGAGGUUAGUAUCAAAUUAAAUCAAAUGAAAUUGUAUUUGUCACAUGCGCCGAAUACAACAGGUGUAGACCUUACAAUGAAAUGCUUACUUACAAGCACUUAACCAACAAUGCAGUUUUAAGAAAAAAUAAGUGUUAAGAAAGUAUUUACUAAAUAAACUGAAGUAAACAAUGCAAAUAGUCCGUGUAGCUAUUUGGGUAGCUGUUCAGGAAUCUUAUGGCUUGGGGGUAGAAGCUGUUUAGAAGCCUUAGACUUGGCACUCCGGUACCGCUUGCCGUGCGGUAGCAGAGAGAACAGUCUGUGACUAGGGUGGCUACAGUCUUUGGCAAUUUUUAGGGCCUUCCUCUGAAACCGCCUAGUAUAGAGGUCCUGGAUGGCAGGAAGCUUGGCCCCAGUGAUGUACUGGGCCGUACGCACUACUCUCUAUAGUGCCUUGCGGUAGGAGGCCGAGCAGUUGCCAUUCCAGGCGGUGAUGCAACCAGUCAGGAUGCUCUCGAUGGUGCAGCUGUAGAACUUUUUGAGGAUCUGAGGACCCAUGCCAAAUCUUUUAAGUCUCCUGAUGGGGAAUAGGCGUUGUCGUGCCCUCUUCACGACUGUCUUGGUGUGUUUGGACUAUGACAGUUAGUUGGUGGACACCAAGGAAAUUGAAGCCUUCAACCUGCUCCACUACAGCGCCGUAGAUGAGAAUGGGGGCGUGCUCGGCACUCCUUUUCCUGUAGUCCACGAUCAUCUGCUUUGUCUUGAUCACGUUGAGGGAGAGGUUGUUAUCCUGGCACCACACUGCCAGGUCUCUGACCUCCUCCCUAUAUGCUGUCUCAUCGUUGUCGGUGAGCAGGCCUACCACUGUUGUGUUAUCAGCAAACUUAAUGAUGGUGUUGGAGUUGUGCUUGGCCAUGCAGUCAUGGGUGAACAGGGAGUACAGGAGGGGACUGAGCACGCACCCCUGAGGGCCCCCGUGUUGAGGAUCAGCGUGGCAGAUGUGUUGUUACCACCUGGGGGCGGCCCGUCAGGAAGUCCAGGAUCCAGUUGCAGAGGGAGGUGUUUAGUCCCAGGGUCCUUAGCUUAGCGAUGAGCUUUGAGGGCACUAUCGGGGCGGCAGGUAGCUUAGUGGUUAAGAGCGUUGUGCCAGUAACCAAAAGGUCGCUGGUUCUAAUCCCCGAGCUGACUAGGUGAAAAAUCUGCUGAUGUGCCCUUGAGCAAGGCACUUAACCCUAAUUGUUCCUGUAAGUCGCUCUGGAUAAGAGCGUCUGCUAAAUGACUCAAAUGUAAUGUAAAUGUGUUCCUUUUGUCCAGGUGGGAAAGGGCAGUGUGGAAUGCAAUAGAGAUUGCGUCAUCUGUGGAUCUGUUGGGGCGGUAUGCAAAUUGGAGUGGGUCUAGGGUUUCUGGGAUAAUGGUGUUGAUGUGAGCCAUGACCAGCCUUUCAAAGCACUUCAUGGCUACAGACGUGAAUGCUACGGGUCGGUAGUCAUUUAGGCAGGUUACCUUGGUGUUCUUGGGCACAGGGACUAUGGUGGUCUGCUUGAAACAUGUUAACAUUACAGACUCGGUCAGGGACAGGUUGAAAAUGUCAGUGAAGACACUUGCCAGUUGGUCAGCGCAUGCUCGGAGUACAUGUCCUGGUAAUCCAUCUGGCCCUGCGGCCUUGUGAAUGUUGACCUGUUUGAAGGUCUUACUCACAUCGUAACUGCCGACCUGAUGUUCAAAAGUUCUUGUCGAUCAUAAGAAAUGAUAGCGGAUACAUUUAGUGCAAAAAAAGUAUAGAUAAACGCCAAAAGAAUCACAAAAUAGCAAAGUUGGGUCGAAGCUGGCAAGACGGCAUUCAUACAGUACCACACCAUCUUCCAGCUGAGUAAUCAGGACCACUGGUUUCUGCACUAGCUCAGGAUUGGAUAGAUAGACUGGAGACACUAAUAGCACUACUGAAUAACUAUUGAAUAACUUAUCCAGAGUGGUGUGGCAUUAAUCAGAGCAUGACUCCCAUCUCUAGUCUGACUCACUCCUGGAGAAUACAUGGAAUUCCACUCUACUGCCCACCGCUCCACAGUGGAUCAACCAUGAUGAUCAAUUAGCUGAUCAUUUCAUUAAUCAAGCACUCGACAUGCAAUUGAAGAGGUAAGAAAGAAGAGCAAAGCCUUUAGUUCUACAAUACUUCAUCUUGUUACUCUGUCUGUCCUAAGUAUUUCCGUGAGGGUCACAUUAACAGACGUAGCUGAUAUUAGCAGGGAGAUGGUAGAGGUUAACCCUCACCACUGAUACUUGGUCAGAAAUACUUUCAUCCCUCUAAUGGUUAAGGUUGGGGUUAGUGGUAGUGGUGGUCUGACCCUAGAUCGGAGGUAAAUUGUGCCUCAGGCCUUAAACAACAGCACCAGGUUACAUUGGUAGUGGUGGGCUACUGUAGCAAUUAGCGGUAGCAGGAUACUUUUAUGGAUACAAAAGUGGUAUUCAUACAGAGGCAAUGAAUGCUCAUCUCUCCUUGAAUCUUUCUGAAGGACAUGUCAUCUGUGACCUACAGUAUUGCGUGUCAGACAGACAGACACACCUGAUCACAGCCACUAUCUAUCUUACACUGCCGGACGUAUCGACAGCAACGACAAACAUGGAUCUCCUCAUCAGUGUACAGUCUAACAACACCAUUGAUCCUACUGAUCUAUGACAACGUGUGAUGGAGACAGUCAAUGUAGCUUGCCAUGGGAGGACGCCAGAGACAGGGCUGCAUAUCUGCCUCAGACCACUCAAUGGGACUGUCCAACAGGACAGGACAUGCAGGACAAAUCAGGACAGGACAGGACGUUAGUUUAGGAAUUAUAUGGGAUACAAAUACCAUGACACCUGUCAUCUGAGCUACUAUAAUUUGGCCAUGUUGUGGCAGUUAGGAUUUAACACAGAGGCAAAUCACCCACAAUGCAUUUCAAUUCCACUGCUCCUUAAAACAUGUCUUUAUCCAUGUCCUGUAAGACAAGAUGACUCACCAACCCACCUCGCUCUUAUAGACAAACAUACAUCUAGUACAAACACAGUGAGUGGGCUGAUACUGUAUGCUUGACUCACUCCAUAGGCCAAUGUCUGGCAGGUUUUCAACAUUACCAUUUAACCACACACUGAUCUAAACUGGAGACAGACUCCGAGGCUAAACAAUUAAUUAUUCCUACUGACCAAUCAAGCCCUGAGUGGAAAUAUACACCAGCACACAGUGGCUGCCGGGGACAGGUAACACACCUCAGUGUUCCAGCAGACUGGGUAGACUGUAAGGGGGGAUGACACAACACUCCAGGGGUGUAAUCUGUUACAUGGGAAAACACAAAACACCUGGAAAGCAACUACACCACUCCUAAUCACAGCCAACUCUACCCAGACAUGAAUGUAUUAGCCCCAAGCCAGGCAGAAACAGAUCGAGCUCCCACUCCCUCUCCCACUCCCUCUCUCUCUCUCUCUCUCUCUCUUUAAGUAAAGUAGGCCGCAGGAGAAUGUAGGUCAUCACCACGGUGAGUCUCUGGAGAUGAGUCUGUUGUUGUCCCUGGGCCCUAUUUCAGGGCCUGACGCGGCUGUGUGUGUGUAUGUCUGUGUAUUUGGGUUGGGUGUGUAUGUGUGUGUGUCUGUGACGCAGCAGCUAGAGUGCUCUGGGCAGUCCGGGGAACUACAAGCACUGGAGGGGCGUAGAUGGCAGGUGAGCUCCAGGGAGGCUACCUGUGGAAGAGACGCGGCCCAGUGACAGGCCUGUUUCCUGGGUUAGAGUGGCUAUGUGGCUCCCCUGGGGAUGGACCAAAUGUCAGCCAGUCUGUGAAGACAUGCUGGGAGCUAGGGCUUAUUGAGAAUGAGUGGAUGUGUGUGUGUGUGUGUGUGUGUGUGUGUGUGUGUGGAAGUGUGUGUGCACGUGUUGGCAAGUCUCUAUGGUUCUGCUGGUUGUCAUGUGCUACAGAUGUAGGAUCUUAAUUUGAUCACUCUUUUCUUGCUGAGAAUUUGAAAUGCAAACUUGUAGUGUAUUUCAGUUUUAAAAAGGCUUCUAAAGUUUGUAAUUUCCAUUUAGAAAUUUCAGACUUGAUUUGCCCUAACAAAAAAUGUAUCAACCCCUACAGAAAUGUCCAUUAAUUAUAAUCCACAUAAUAAUUCAUAUUUCCUGUUGCUGCAGGAUUAUUUUCAUGCAGUAGCAAACUGGCACAAAUUAAGAUCCUACAUCUGUAUGAGUCACAACAGGAAAACAGCAGGAGAUAUGGAAGGAGGGAAGGAGGGGGAGAGAGAAGAUAGUUACUGUAUAAAUAGAGAGAUCGAGAUAUAGAAAGAUAGAACCCUGUGAACCUGAGGAAAUAUUUUAAUCCUUAAGAGUCUAUUGACGCACCUGUGCAUCAAUCUAAGUAACAUAAUACAAAAAUCCCCAUCAAAAUAUUUCAGUUUAAACUAGAGAGAUCAGUUCUCAAUCCACUGCAUCCGCCUACGUCGGCCUUUCACAUCUGCGGUGGAAGGUGGCCGAGCUACAGCGGUGUUUGUCACACCAUGAAACAUCCAGAAAAAUCGGUCUUCUCAUUAAAACGUCUGUAGCGUCCGAACGGUUUGGCCUACAUUCUAAUAUGACCACUCUAUGGAAAGAUGCAACUGCUCUGUUAACUAGAGGUGACAUGUUACACCUGGACUCACUGUAAGCCUAUCCAGCCUAUCCCCAACCCAGACAUGCGCAACCGGGGACAACCAUAUCCCACAGUGACAUGGGUUGCCUUUAAAUUAGAAUGGAAUGUAUCCUCCCGCGCGGCUAAUUGAUCUUUGGUCCCAUUCUCGGUGCGCUUGGUAGGUAUUUACAUGGUGUCCUGUUGCCAGAUUCACAUGGUUUUGGGUGGUUUCGGGUUUCCAGAUUGGGUUAUAAUGAGAGCAUUAACCGGUCAUGGAUCCUGAUUGGUAACAAGCAGUGGGUUUGUGUUACAGCUGAGCUUUGUAGCUACAGCUACGGACAAAGCAAAACACACACAACACAAGCCAGGGGAGUAGACUUAACUACUGUAAGGCAACCAGGGCAGGAGAACAUCCACACAACAUCAGCAACCCUUGAGGAGAGCUAAAUCAAAGAACAGAAACAGCAGACAUUCUAAAUAAAACAGCAGAAACAGCAGACAUUCUAAAUAAAACAACAGAAUGAAUUUCCCUUCACCAAUUUGGACUAUUUUGUGUAUGUCCAUUACAUGAAAUCCAAAUAAAAAUCAAUUUAAAUUACAGGUUGUAAUGCAACAAAAUAGGAAAAAUGCCAAGGGGGAUGAAUACUUUUGCAAGACACUGUAAAUAAAAUAAUAGAAACAGAAUUCUAAAUAAAAGAACAGAAACAGCAGACAUUCUAAAUAAAACAACAGAAACAGCAGACAUUCUAAAUAAAACAACAGAAACAGCAGACAUUCUAAAUAAAAUAACAGAAACAGAAUUCUAAAUAAAACAAUAGAAACAACAGACAUUCUAAAUAAAACAACAGAAACAGCAGACAUUCUAAAUAAAACAACAGAAACAGCAGACAUUCUAAAUAAAACAACAGAAACAGCAGACAUUCUAAAUAAAACAACAGAAACAGCAGACAUUGUAAAUAAAACCACAGAAACAGCAGACAUUCUAAAUAAAACAACAGAAACAGCAGACAUUCUAAAUAAAACAACAGAAACAGCAGACAUUCUAAAUAAAACAACAGAAACAGCAGACAUUCUAAAUAAAACAACAGAAACAGCAGACAUUUAAAAUAAAUGAACAGAAACAGAAUUCUAAAUAAGUGCUUACAAGACUUUUGGUCUGCUCCAAAAUGUCAACAACAAAAAUAACCACGUUAUUACACAGGUUCCGUGUGUGUAAAUGAAUUGUAGAGCUUAUAAGUAUUGCAUACACAUACAGAGAACUUGGCAACCAACAGUAUGACUGGAAAGCAGAGUCUGUCUAGAUUUACUGUCUUUCUCUGGGUUGUGGAGAAUAGAGAAGUAGUUGUAUGCUGCCUGUCAAAACAACAAGAAACAGACCAGACUCUCCUCAGGAUACUGAACACAGAUGAGAUGAGCUGUAUCACGCGUACGCACGCACGCACGCAAGCACACACACACACACACACACACACACACACACACACACACACACACACACACACACACACACACACACACACACACACACACUGAGCUGUAUGGCAAGCCAGGUCACCCGUGAUACAAGUCAGUAUUCAACGUCCAUCCAUGUCUAAGGACGUCGGGAGAUGACGUGGAAACUGGCCACUAGGUGCAACAGUGAGCGCUGUUACCUUCAAGUAGGUUUCGGUUUUGAUAGGGAGUUGUGAACAGGGAUGGCGGGUGGGUGUAAGCAUCUGCCUCUGAUUCCAAAGGGUUCAAAUCUAGUGAUAGAAAUUUGUUUUUGAUAUUUUAUGUUUAAGCCUAUCCCAAACCUUAACCCUUACCUUAACCAUUCAGAGUCAAUGCCUAACCUUAAACACUUCGAAAUUUGACGUUUGCAACAAUUUUGAAAUUUGCCGUUUGAGAAACAUGGAUGACGUGAGACUGUGAGAGCUUGUUGUGUAUGGCCCUGAGGUGUUCAGCUAUUGAUCUAGUCUGUUUGUGUCUAGCCAGCAACACACAUCUACUGCCCACUCUGAGAGAGAAAUACAGAGAGAGAGAGAGAGAGAGAGAGAGAGAGAGAGAGAGAGAGAGAGAGAGAGAGAGAGAGAGAGAGAGAGAGAGAGAGAGAGAGAGAGAGAGAGAGAGAGAGUGAGAACGAUUAACUCCUCAAAACAUUAUAAAACAUUUAACUCAAGAGAAGUCAAGUUUACUGUUAUUUUGCCCUCAGUCAAAUCAGGCUGCUGUGUAAACCAAAACACACACACUCCUAAUGUCAUAUCAGCAAGAGCAGGGGAAAUAUAUUAUAAUGGGAAAGAGGAUCGUCCUGGCAACCCAUUUGUUCAGCAGAACAACCCUAUUUUCAUGCCUUUCCUGUUUUCAUGUGCCUUUAUUGCUGUGUGUACUCAGUAUACAGUGAGGCGCACACACGCACCCACUCACACACGCACCCACUCACACACACACACACGCACCCACUCACACACGCACCCACUCACACACACACACACACACACACACACACACACACACACACACACACACACACACACACACACACACACACACACCCACGCACGCACGCACGCACGCACGCACACACACACACCACACACACACACACACACACACACACACACACACACACACACACACACACACACUGAGUGAGUGUAAUGAGUAUACGGUGGCAGCUAUAAAGAAGGAUAAAGGAUAGGGGAGACUGGGCAACACACAAAUCACUCAGAUCCCACAUCGUAAACACCACUCAUCUCCUCUAUCAGAACACACACCUCUAAUGCUAGUGAUAGUCAUCAAUAACGCCAGGCAUUGAUAAUGCUGCAGGUAGUCAUCCCUCACAUAGAUUAAUCAGGCUGGAAAGGCACCUGCUAUAGCUUCUGCAGGACACACGACUCAGUAAUGCACUGGUAAUUCUCAAAGCCUCAAAUUAAAUGUGGGAUCGUGAAUGCUGAAUGCUGAGAAAUAUAAAUGACUCGAAACAUGUAUUACCAGCUGAAACACUAUUCAUCCAUAAUGUUUGUGCCUCUUAGUAGUUCAGGAUGAAGGUUUUACGUGGUCCACCAGAACGUUAAAACGGUUUGGGAACAAGCAUCACUAUUUUUCAGGUGGAUUCUUCCUUUAUGUGUCCUCCUCUGACUGCCCUGAACUGGCAGCAUGAACAUUUAAAGGGAUUGUGUUAACCUCUGUGUCUCUCGCUCUGUGCUGAUGAGCUACUCCCUGACCCUCCCUUUAAGAGCAGGACUGUAUUAAACUCUUCCCCCCCUGGCUGGGAUCCCUGCCUGGAUCUUCUCCAGCAGACUAACACAUACACACAGUUACACACACACACACACACACACACACACACACACACACACACACACACAGUUACACACUGUUACACACACAGUUACACACACACACACACACACACAGACACACACACACACACACUCACACAUAGAAAACAGACACACUCACACAGACACAGAAUUGACUGACGCACAUGUACACACACAGGUCAAUGGCUCUCUUUGUAUCCCAUUAUCGACACAAACACCACUAGUAAUGCUACAAUGUACUGUAUGUGUGUGUGUGUGUGUGUGUGUGUGUGUGUGUGUGUGUGUGUGUGUGUGUGUGUGUGUGUGUGUGUGUGUGUGUGUGUGUGCGUGUGCGUGUGCGUGUUCAUAUGUGCGCGCGCAUGUGUGUGUCCUACCCAACAGCAGUGAGGCUACACUAUAAUACCUUUCUGUAAUUUCAACAGUAAAACACUGUAGAAUGCACAGUAAAAUACCUUUAUUUUUUAUUGCUAGCCAACGUUGAAAACUGCACGUUUUCUUUGCUAACCUAGCUAGCUAGCUGGCUAACGUUAGCUAGCUAGUUAGCUAGCUCAAGUUGACACAAGCCAUUUCGGUCUGCUAAAAAUUGCUUGUAAAUAUUGUGCUGUGCGACCUAGAAAAACAUCACUCAGAUAAUAAUUUACAGGUACUACAUAGAAAUGGCUUGUUUCUAGCAGGUCAAAAGAUUUUUGCCACAUAUUACCAGCGCAAAGUUUCUUCCCGGAAUGACGAGCCGCAUUUUACACAUACCGGUAAACCACGUCGUGGGGCGUACUCGCGAGCCAAUAAAGCCGAUUGUAAUGACCAGAGCACCAGUGUUGUAUCAAGCUGCCUGCCGACCUAAGGUGCAGUGGGCAGCACUAGCCUAUCACAGUGUCGCCGGCAGUAGCUAGUAAUGUGGCCAAUUUGUUUUUCAAUAUAUUUUAAGUAGGAUGGCAACCUAAACAAGAAAUAACUAAUAUUGGUAGCCAUCUACUGUAUAUGUCACUGUGAUAUAGUCUACUAGUCAAUGGGGAGAGCAUGAACGGCAACAACACCGGGACACAGUGUCCUCCUCAACCCUGUGUGAUGCGGUUCACUCGGCUCUCGGCUGCGCCACAUGUCAUCGUUUUGCACAACAUCGUUCCAUAUAAUGUUACAGUAUUAGUAAACCUGUUCACUUUACCGGUAGUAUGCAAACAUUUGGUGGCACAGAAAGAAAGUGUUGGAAAGAGUCUGGUAAAAUAAUCUGCGGUAUUGUGUAGGCUAUAGCAAUGUUUUAUUAGUUAGCAAGGGUUUGAAGUAGGUGUAUCUAGCUUAGGCUGUCCCCAACCCAAAAAAAUAUUGGUCAGGCCAAGAGUUGUCUGUUCUUUCGACCAAUCGAUUGGUCGACAUUUUUAAACGUGUAUUUCUCCAUAUAUUGACACAUCCUAUGUGUUUUAAUCAAAUCAACUAUAUUAGCGUUAGUCGUCUCGUCUGAUUCAAAGGUGCUAGGUUGGGUGGAAGCGCCCGAGAUAUUUGAUUAUUAACCUUCAAGGUUUCCCCGUGAAAAUACGAAAUCCUUCGUGUUUGAUAGUGACGACCAUGGGGACACUUUUUCUACUUAUGGUGGUAUUAAAUGGUACAAUACAUUCACAGCAAUCGGAAACAUCUGGCCUAAAACAAGAUUACAGACUUCUAGGACAACCACUGUACAAAUUGGAUAUCAACUGGCCCAAAUAUCCCGAGCUUUUCAGCGGCGAGGUAUUUGGAGUGGCUGUCAACCAGUAUGCCGGUAUGGUAUAUGUUGCACAGAGAGGUGAGACAGUGCCAAAGGUGCUGGUGUUCACCACAGACGGAGAGUUCCUACAGGCCUGGAACACGAGCACCCUGGAGAUGCCCCAUGGGAUCUUUUUGGCCGACGCCUCCACCAACCCCACCGUGUGGGUCACGGACGUAGGAAACGGCACUCAUGGUCACUCCAUUAAGCAGUACUCUCCCUCGGGCAAGCUGCUCCAGGUGCUGGGCUCAAUGGGGGAAGCCGGCUCUGGGGUCAACCCUCUCCAGUUUGACCAGCCCGCUGAGGUCUUUGUCCACAGCUCUGGGGAGAUCUACAUAGUGGACAGGGACGGAGGGAUGAACAACCGCCUCACCAAACUGUCCAAAGACCGAAGAGGUGCAAUGGAUGCACAGAGAGAAGGGCCAGGGCCUUGCACAGUUCAACAUCCCCCAUAG